AGUCAUUAGGAGUGGGUGUGGCCUAAAGCAGGUUCUCCUAACUUGGUUUUGAUGAGAAGGCAAACAGCAGCAGCUCUCUGCAAACCCCGCAGAACUCUGGUUUUUGUUUGAAAAGUUGCAAUGGGGUUCAGAGGGGUGGUGUUUGUGCUUCUCCUGUCUGGCGCCACUUCUCAGAACUCCUUUAUCUCAAGCACAAAGGAGACCCUGAACCCACAAGCACAAGAGACAACAAGCUCACAGCUGCCCAGAUCUCUGCAGAAGACAGGUCAUCAGUCAAACCGGACAGAGCACAGCGGCUCGGGUCGUUCUCCCGUCAACUACCGGCUCAAGGUCUACCAGAUCUGGAACCCGGCUGUGAGAAAACUAAAACCGGUGCAGGAUUCCGUGGGGCAAAUAUUUCAAGACCCGCUGAUAUCGGAGGCCAGAGGGCUGACCUCGGAGCAGCUGGAGAACGUCCAAGUUCAGGAGUUGUUGACGCUGAUUCAAGGCCCCGAUCUGAACCCGCCCAUCAAGCAGGAUACACAGUUGCAGGUGAAGUUUGAAAAGCGGGUUCCUGUGCCUGCGGGCAGUGUGGCAGCGCGGUGUGGUGAAGGAAAGGUCACCUUAGAGGUCAAACAGAACUUCCUAGGUAAUGGUCAGCUGAUCCGUCCGAGUGAUCUGACUCUAGGAGGCUGUGCUGCAGUGAACACCGCUGGCCACAUCCUGCAGUUUCAGGCGGAGUUGCACAGCUGUGGGAGCAAGCUGAUGAUGACUGACGACGCCCUCAUCUACUCCUUUUCUCUGCUGUACGCCCCCAAACCAAUCGGCAACACCUUCAUUUUAAAGACGAAUCAUGCGGAGGUGGUGAUUCAAUGUCACUAUAAAAGGAGGCAUUACGUGAGCAGCGCCGCCCUGAGGCCUACGUGGACGACGUUCGCCUCCGAAGUGAUGGCCGAGCAGCAGCUGCACUUCUCCCUGCGCCUCAUGACAGAGGACUGGCAGGCGCAGAGGUCCUCCAGUGUUCACUUCCUUGACGUAAUGCACAUCCAGGCGGCCGUCCUGCGGGGUCACCACGUGCCGCUGAGGGUCUACGCGGACAGCUGCGUCGCCACCGUGACGCCCGACCCCGACUCUCAGCCCAGAUACCCGUUCAUCAGCAACCACGGGUGUUUCGGUGAUGCUAAGCUGGCAGAAGCCAAGUCUUACUUCAUGCAGCAGAGCCAGGAGGAUAAACUUCACUUCCAGCUGAAAGCCUUCAGGUUCCACCGAGAUCAGAGGAAUUCACUCUACAUCACCUGUCACCUGAAAGCAACGACCAUCUCUGUUCCUGUAAACUUGCAGCACAAAGCCUGUUCCUUCCUCACCGAAGCUCAACGAUGGGUGGCAUCAAGUGGAGACAAUAAGGUGUGUGACUGCUGUGAGAGCAGCUGCAGCCAGCAGAGACGGAGGAGGAGUCCUGUAGCAGCUGCUGAGCUGGAGUGGGAGUGGGAGGGGAUGGCUGCUCCGGGCCCCGUCUUCCUGCAGGAGAACACCCUGCAGGUGGAGCUGACUGAGAUGCAUCAAGAAAAGGCUCCUCUGCAAGAACUCUUGAAGCCCCUCCUCCUCCUCCUCCUCCUCCUCUCUGGUGCUGCUGUGUGGAGUGGGUGCGGCGCUGGCUGUGGUGCUGCUGGUGUUCAUGGGUGCUGUCAUUUGCAGCAGGCUCCACCAACCCACCGAGCACGCCGUUUGCACCUGAUCGACGACAAUAAGAGACUUCUAACAAUCAUUUCUUAUAUUCUUUUUUUUGAGCAGAGACUAAUGACCACAACAAAAUAAAGUUCUCAGGUGUGUUUUUCUAACAUAAAAACUCUGGCCUUUCCCCUCAAGA